AUGGCCUUUCCCAGCGGAACUACAUAUCACGCCGACUCUGACGCCGAUGAUGAAUAUGAGCGAAGCGUCAUGACUUCUCCCACUCAGCUACACACCGAUUCAGAGACCUCGUCCGAGCCCGCCUCUAACGAACAUACCCCCACGACCUUUGACAACUCGGGAGAAGAUCCAAGCCUACCCAGGACGAUAAUAACAGAAUGGACACCAGAAGAGUGCGCUCAGUUUGUGUCUAGUUUGAAUCUGAGACAAUAUUGCCAUGCUUUUAUCGAACACGGCAUUGAAGGCGAAGCACUCGUUGCACUUAAACAUGACGAACUCAAAGAGAUGGGAAUCGCUAGUGUGGGACACCGGUUGACCAUACUCAAGAACGUUUACGAUUUAAAGGUCAACCAGGACAUACCUAUCGAACCAGAUGACUAUGUCCCGCCUACGGCCGAGCAAAAUCCACAAUAUGAAAUGGCAACCAAGGAAGAUAUCGAUCGACUCGCGAGAUCAAUUCUCCGGUUACGGGACGAGCGAAUUGCCCAGGCGGAGGCGCAGUUGACGAGGCUUGCAGAUGACUACCGCAAGUUGCGCCAGGAGCUACUACCAGUUUUCAAGAUGGCCAAGGAACGAUCCGAACCUCUCCCCUAUGCCCCUUAUCAAGGCACUACCAUCAGCCCAGAGGUGUACCAGCAAGAUGUCAUUUCACCUGCCCCAGCGACGCAGCCGGUGCCCGAAAAGACGAGCCUUACACGAACAUUCUCGAAGAAGCUGGGCCUCAGUUCUACCCCCAAGAACAACUCUCCAACACAUAUACCCAGUACAAUCCAUGAGGGUAGGACUUUCGCCGAAAGCAACUCGCUGGACCCUUCGGCAGCAGCAAGUCUAGCCUCAAACUCGCUAACCGCACAAAUGUCAGGUGGCGUACUAGGGCAACACCCUCAUCCCUCUCCAGGAGUCCCUUCCCCGACCUCACCGCUCCCCUACCAACAUCAACCACUCGCUCCCCGCUCCUACCAACGUGAAGGAGGAACCGUUAGCAGUGCUAUCCCUCGCUACGAUGGUGUCGACGACCGCCAAGUUACUAUCGAACGCGACCGUGACCCUCCCACUUCUGCGAAAUCGGCCUCUGGCAAACUCAACCCUUCAAACAGUACAAUCUCUAAUGCUUCUACCCUCAUCCCCUCGAGAGAACAAUCCGCCUCGGUCCCACCCCAGCUCCCCUCGAGCGCCGGUGUGGGCCACACGCCGCAUGGCAACAAAGAUAGUGGCACCGGAGGUGACGCUCCCUCUGUGGAAAUUUUCAAGUCUUUCCGCGUGGGCCUAGAAGAUCCGUGCUACAAAGUUCUCCCAGCCGCUCUCAGGAAAUAUAAUAUCCAGGCCGAUUGGCGACAAUAUGCACUUUAUAUCGUGUACGGCGACCAGGAGAGGUGUGUGGGACUGGAAGAGAAACCCCUCGCUUUAUUUAAGGAUCUGGACAGAGAGGGGAAGAAGCCGAUGUUUAUGUUGAGAAAGUUAGGGAACGUGAUGGUUGGAGACGUGCCACCAACAGCAGGCGUGGGGAUGAAGCCACCCCUGGGAGGUAUAGGUAGCAGCAGUUUAGGGACUGCUACCACAGGAGUCGUUUCUGGAGGCGCACCGAGCGUCAGGGCAAUGCCGCCUGCGCAGACGUUGCCAGGCGGAGUUUUAUGA